CGUCGAAAGUUGAUGCUUUUGCGUUGACAGUACCGGUACGGGUGUUAAUUUUCGGAGAAAUAUGAAGGUUGUAGACUAAACAGUGUUUCGGCUUGCAUUACAAUAGAAAGACUACACCUUUCUGAAUCUAUCGACACCAUUAUUAUGCGUGUGUGGUUCAUACUAGGAUCAUAAACCAGUACUGAUGGUAUGGUGUUUUGAAAAUAAAAAGAUAAAAUGGAAAAGCAGAUGUUUUGACGGUCAGAGCCGUUCACCUGGCCUAUAACACUAUAGCUGGUCUGAACCCCAAAUGUCUGAGUAGCAGACUGGCUUUGUAUCUUCAGUACAAAGGAAUCCGUUUUGGUUCACGGAAGUCGAUCAGUUGCAGUCAAAACGUCAAACUGGGCUAUCUGCAGUACGAAGGACUCCCUUUUGGAACAGGGAAUCAGCAGGAGUCGAUCAGCGGGCAGUAGCCUUGACAACAAACUUGACUAUCUGCAGUAAAUACGAUUCACAUUUGGAACAGGGUAUCGGAAGGAUUUGAUCAGUAAUAGCCUAAGACGACAAAAUCAGCUAUAUGCAGUAAAUAGGAUUCUAAUUUUUCAUAUAACGGCUGGCAGUAGCAAAGAAGACCAUCUGGAACAAGUACCACGCGACCAGUCUGUUACAACUGCACCGGUAAAGGGCCUAUAGCAAAAACACUGUACCUUGAGAUCAUCACCGACGUGCUAUUACUGUUAUCAGAAAGGACAUCUGACCAGAGCACUAAAAGUAAAGAGCUCGGAUAUACUGAAAAUAUAAACGAGUCACAAGUAAACAUUAACAACGAAACAACCAUUGAUAAUGGAAGCUGUAAUUGAACAUAGCCCGUACAUUCACAGGAAGAUACAGCUUGUUUGUUUGCAAGUCUGGAUUAACAGAAUCAGUUUGAGCAGUACCAUACUUAUCAACAAUCCAAACACUAUCUGGUUCUGGCCUAAGCGGUUUAUUCAAUGUGGAAUUGCAAUCAACACAUUUAAAGGGUGGUGUAAUCGUCGUCUCUUGCUUGUAACUGAUGUCACGUGUUUCAGAAAAGUUAAAAAAAUGUCAAACCCAGCCUUGGCUGUUCAUUAAUAACUUUUUGUGAAUAAAUAGCGAAAGGUUACAAUAUAUACCUUAAACUGAUAUCGACUCGAUAUACUUUGCAAUUUUGUUUUUAAGAAUUGGACUCAUUGUUUAACAAAUAAGAUGGGUAGAAAUCGUGCAAAAUUUUUACCGAGUGAAAUACGAUUUUCGCAUGACGAUAUCAAGCACGAAUUUAAAGAUGGCACUUCGAUUCAAUAUACGCUGAAGCAAUUGAAAACCGGAGCUAUUACCAUCGAUGACAUACCUAAAAUAAAAAUUGUAAAAAGGGACGGUCUAAAAUUUUCAGUGAACAAUCGGCGCCUGUGGGUAUUUAAGAGGUAUGAAGAGUUCCUCAGAAGUCGUGGAGAAACCAUUGCUAUUCCAGUAACAUAUGGAGCACACACAAACUUGACAGAUUACAGACUGUCCACUCGUAACGAGGGUAUGUCUGUAAAAAUUAGACUUCGUGAAAGGUCUGACAAAAGAAUUCGUCUUAGGUCAUCGGAUAUUCGUUACUCCAGUGAUGCAAUAUAUUUCAGUGAUAGAAAAGAUGGGUCAUUGUCCGAUAUAUUAGAAACUCUUGAAAGCGGUUUCUAUAAGAUAAACACUCUGCCAAAAGUAACUGUUGUACAGAAAAAGGGAAUUUUCUAUGCUAUAAAUAAUGAGAGAGUGCUUUGGGCUAUUAAGCAAUAUUCUGAGAAACACGCUAGGGAUAUAACAUUGACAUGUAGUCUUGGAAGAUAUUCAGAUUUAAGACCUACUUCGUUUACAACAAAAACAGAUGGAUUAUCUGUACACGUUCUGUCAGGCUAUCCAGAUGAGAAAAGAAAAAUAAAGCAGGAUAAAUGCCUGGAUGAUUCUAUUCCUGAUGUACAGAACCUUUAUGAUUACGCUGUUACAGGUGGUGCCUUGUCGAGUGCCUGGAUGUUUGACAGGAAGAUACUUAACACUAUGAGGCAUUUCCUUUCAAGCAAAAGUUUUAUAUCUGAAAUUCAAAUUUCUGGUUGUUUCAAAUCCAUAUGUAUUUAAUUGUUACCAUACCAGCAGUUUAUAAACCGACCAUAAAUUGGAUUAACUUCGUAUGAAAUAUGAAACCUUGCUGGCUGAAAUGUUCCCCUUUUGGACUGAAACGCAUAUAUGAUUUAUGGUGUUAAUGCAUCAUUUAAAGUUCACAAUUGUAUAUGUUUGUAAAUUAUUGGCUAUAUACACCUUUCAGCAAGUUCAGGUGUUUAAUGCUGAAUAAAAUGUUGUUGUUGUUGUUGUUGAUUUAAAUGUCAAUUUUACUGAAUGUUACAACUAGCUUUUGUUAUACUUCAAAAUAACCUUUUUAAAAAUAAAGUUUAAAUAUG